UUUGAAACGUGUUCAAACCAAAGGAGGAGUUUAAAUAAUAAAAUCACUAAUCACUUCCUGUUUGAAUGUACAAAUGUUUAAGAGCUUACAUGUUCUGAUGUACAGUGAGGACUCAACUGAAACGAUCCAGGAUAUUAAGAAUGGCCCUCGCAGACCCCAUGCAUCUGGAGGACAAAGACGAGCCGUUCAUUGUGAAGGCGUUCAAGAUCUUUAUUGUCGUGACUCUCUACUGGUUUAUCUCCAUUACCAUGGUGUUCCUCAAUAACUAUCUGUUAGACAACAAGGACUUGAAUGCGCCACUAUUCGUCACUUUUUUCCAGUGUUUUAUCACUGUUGGAUUGUGUUUGCUCAUGAACUGUCUGGCAAAGCUUUGUCCGGGAUACGUGGAUUUCCCGUCACUGAAACUGGAUCUGCGGGUGUCCAGAGAGUUGUUGCCUCUGUCUAUUGUUUUUAUCGGCAUGAUCACAUUUAAUAAUCUGUGUCUGAAGCACGUGGGUGUGGCCUUCUACACUGUUGGCCGAUCGCUUACAACCGUAUUUAACGUCAUUUUGUCGUACUUUAUGCUAAAACAAACGACGUCAUUUUACGCGUUGAUGUGUUGUGGAGUCAUUCUGGGUGGCUUCUGGCUUGGUGUGGAUCAGGAAGGGGUGGCCGGCUCUCUCUCCUGGACGGGUGUCUUUUUUGGCAUCCUGGCUAGUCUCUGUGUUUCUCUUAAUGCCAUCUACACAAAGAAAGUGUUGCCAGUGGUGGAUGGAAAUAUAUGGAAGCUCUCCUACUACAACAACCUCAACGCCACCAUACUUUUUAUACCCCUCGUCAUCAUAUUCGGCGAAUUGGGAAGUUUGUUUAGCUUUAGCCGACUGACAGAUUUAAAUUUUUGGGGCAUGAUGACUUUGGGCGGAGUAUUCGGCUUUGCCAUCGGUUACGUAACAGGACUUCAGAUUAAGUUCACCAGCCCUUUGACUCACAAUGUGUCUGGCACAGCCAAAUCCUGCGCUCAGACCGUGUUGGCCGUGGCGUACUGGGCGUCCAGUAAAAGUGUACUGUGGUGGACGAGCAACAUAAUGGUUCUGGGUGGAUCUUUCGCCUACACUUGGGUCAAAGGACUUGAGAUGAAAAAAGUUCAGGUGCCGGUGGAGACACAAAAUGGCACUCCUCAGAAAAGUAAAGAAGACUUGGGGGUGUAGAGAGAUUUUUGUUAAGUGCUUAAAAAUGCCUUAAUUUAGAGAGACUGUUUAGUGAUCUUUCUGUUUUAUAUGAUCAUUUGAUGUAUUUAUUGUAUUGUCAAUGACAUUGUAGUGUAAAUGGAGCUGGGCAAAAAAAAAAUCGCCUGUGAUUCUCAUGCGUGUCUCAUCAGUAAAGCCGGUUCGGUAAUUAGUAGUGAAUCGCCAUCACCUGCUUUCAGAUGGAGCGGCAUCUCUAUAGACAGAGCCGUAGUUCACCAAGAAGCUUCAUAAUUGAAGACGAUCUUCCACAAUUAUGAACGCGAUUUUGCCUAGCUUUCAGUAAAAUACGGCUCUGUGUAGUUUAUGCCGUUCCAUCUGAAAGCAGGUGAUGGCGAUUUACUACUAAUCACCGAGCCGGCUUUACUGAUGAGACACGCAUAAGAAUCGCAGACGAUUUCUUUCGCCAGCUCUAAGUGUAAAUAAAAAUGGCUAAAGCAA